AUGGGCCGUGAAAAGAAAAAGGAUUGUGAAGCGCCGUUGCCAGCUUGCCCACCUCUGCCGCUGGAAGUCUGGAUUGACAUCCUCGGGUACCUCACUGACAAGGCACAUCUCCCAACCUCCUGGCAAUCCUGCCGCCGCGUCAAUCGACUACUCAAGACGGCGGCCGAAAAGGCCUACCUGUACGGGCGUAUCCCAAAGUGCAAAGUCCACCUGCAAAUCGGGCACCGAAGGAUACCGCCCCGGCAGGGCAACUUUGUCGAGCGCCACCGGAGCGUCUCCGUGCCCCUCCGGUUUGACAAGAUGUCCCCAGACGGGCAGCGGGUGUACUUUUGCGACCCGGACAUGUCGCCGCCGCCGCACCACCGGGGGGACCUGGACGACUUUGCGGGCGAUGCCCGCGUCGUGGCCGAGUGCCGGCGCAGCGGCUCCAUGGCGCUGGCGAUUGGGCGCCAGGCCCAUGGCAUCAGCACUUAUGAACCGAUGCUGAACAUCCCCGAGGGAGAGAUACCCGGGAUCGCAAUGGAAAUCGAUUACGAAAGACGCAUAGUCUCGUAUCUGUGGAAGCCGCUCCUCAGCACGUUUCUUUGCAAUGCCCACGACGAAAGUCCGUACGUAUUCUAUGGUAAACAUGGCAAGCAGAUUCCUGGACGUGUUAUACGAGGUAUAUAA